CUAGUAGUACUAUUUCAAUGGUCCUUCAGAAUUGAAACUAUCAUCAGGCGGCCUAGGGUAUGCGGCGCCAGGCACUGCUGCAGAAGCGACUGAACCUGUCGGACAAGUACAGGCUGCUGGGGAAGAUUGGAGAAGGGACGUAUGGGAUAGUGUACAAAGCAGAGUCUCUUGCUCCCUCUCCCAGAGACCACAACAGUCGAGAGCGGACGCCAGACGACGAGGAGCAAACGUUCGCGGUCAAGGUGAUCAAGACCCAGAAGGAAGGGAAGAAUGAAGUCGUGCUGUCCAUCGCGACGGUGCGGGAGAUCAAGAUCUUGCGGGAAAUGCACCACGACAACGUCGUACACCUGCACGAUGUGCACGUAGAUCCAAAGGCCACGUCAUUGGCGCUGGUGUUCGACUAUGCCGACCACGAUCUCCACGACAUCAUCAAGCAAAGCCGCCAAAAACCGCUCACCGAGUACACGAAGAAAUCGUUCAUGCAUCAAAUCCUCAAAGGGGUCAAGUACAUGCACGACAACUGGGUCAUGCAUCGUGACAUGAAGCCUCAAAACAUCCUCGUGGUCGGGCACGGGCGGCGUCGCGGCCAGGUGAAGCUAGCAGAUUUUGGACUGGCGCGCAUUUACAAGGACCCGAUCAAGGCGUUAACCGAGGUGGAGCGCGUGGUUGUGACCCUGUGGUACCGCGCGCCCGAGCUGCUGCUAGGCGCCAAGCAUUACACCAAAGCGGUCGACAUGUGGGCCGUCGGGUGCAUCUUUGCAGAGAUCUUAAACACGCGCGAACUGUUUAUGGGCCAAGAAGUGAACGACAACAACGCGCCGUUUCAAAAGGAUCAGUGCGACAAGAUCUUCAAAAUCCUCGGGCUGCCGACGCCCCAGACGUGGACCGGUAUGGACAACCUCCCCGAGUACUCGAAUGUCCAGGCCAUGACCAAGGAACGCGAGUACCCCACCACGUCCAAGCUGCAUGAAGCUGUCAAGUUUGGCACUGGCCACUCGUCUGUGCUGCUUCGCGACUUGAUUGCACGCCUGUUGUAUUAUGACCCGGAGAAUCGCAUCACGGCCACGGAAGCGCUGGCACAUGAUUACUUCAAGUGCGAGCCAUACCCGCGGGAUUAUGCAUUUGACGAGCCCAACAAGGAACCGAUUCACUUUCAAAAGCAAAAAGUGAAGCCCCUCGAAGAACCCGUCAAGCCCGCGUCGUCUCCUGCCGACGCAGGUGGCAAGGACAAUGAUGAUGACGGUCGGGGUCGCAACAGUCAUGUGAACAGAGCCAACCCAGGGAACGUGCCCAUGAAGAGAGGAUCGAUUGGCGACGCACCGCCACCAGCAAACCGACCCGCGCAAUGGAGCAGCGGCGGCCAACCCCCCCCUGGAAACCAACCCAACAUGCAAAGAUCAUCCAGUAACAACAGCAACCUCAAGCGACCCCUCGACCAAACGACGGCAAAGCGACCCAGCAACCCCCCCACGAUGCCUUCGAACGCUGUCAAACAACGAAGUCCCAAGCAACCUCGACGACGUUGAACACGCUAGAGAUGGAAAUGAACAGUAUGGCGUCGAUACUGUAAUUUGAACUAGAACACCAGAAAUAAUACUUAAUCCAUCGAUUGACAUUCCAUAA